AUGCGCGCCGAUCAGGGGCCGGCUCUCAGGCCCACCGCUUUCCCAAAAGAACCCGUUCAAGACGCUCAUCGCGCAUGCGCCUUGGUGAGCAGCGGGAAGUUGACUGUGUGUAAGAAGAUCAUGGAGCUUCUGGGACAGAAUGAAGUGGACCACCGGCAGCACAAGUUGGUCAUCCUAAGCCAAGACAGGUUCUAUAAGGUCCUGACAGCAGAACAGAAGGCUAAAUCCUUUAAGAGAAAGUACCAAUCUGACAAUCUAGAUACUUCUGAUAAUACUCUGAUGCACAGGACUCUGAAAAACCUCUUGGAGGGCAAAACUGUCAAAGUCCCAACCUAUGAUUUUGUGACCCACUCAAGCCAGGAGAUCUGGGACAUGUUCUACAUGCACCUCUUUAUGGACACAGACUCCAAAGUCAGGCUCUUUCAAAGAGUUCUCCUGGACAUGCAUGAGGAGUUCUGCCUGCUGACAAAGAAGUAUGCCAAUGUGAUCAUCCCUUGUGGGGUUGACAGUAUGGUUGCCAUCAACCUGAUCAUGCAGCACAUCCAGGACAUUCUGAACAGUGAUAUCUGCAAAUGGCACCAAGGAGAGUCCAAUGGGAAGAACUACAAGAGGAACUCUAAGCCAGGAGACCACCCUGGGGUGCUGACCUCUGGCAAAUGGUCACACUUGGAGUGCAGCAGCAGACCCCACUGA